AUGUUCCAGUUUGUUACUCCUGUGGGAACACAGAAUGGAUUGAAAGCUACUUGUGCGAAAAUAUCUCCUGAUGGGCAGUUUCUUGCUAUAACACAAGGACUUAACAUCCUGAUAUACGACAUUAACAGACGAACUGUAUCACAAACACUAGUCACAUCACAUGCCAGGCCUUUCUCAGAGUUAUGCUGGUCUCCAGAUGGACAGUGCAUAGCUACUGCAUCGGAUGAUUUUUCUGUGGAAAUCAUUCAUUUAUCUUAUGGGCUGCUGCACACUUUUAUCGGCCAUACAGCGCCAGUGAUAUCUCUGACAUUCAAUAGAAAGGGGAACUUGCUGUUUACAUCCUCAAUGGACGAAAGUAUCAAAAUAUGGGACACACUGAACGGGUCUUUGAUGAAAACAAUAUCUGCACACUCAGAAGCAGUUGUGUCGGUGGACGUACCCAUGAAUGAUUCAUCCAUUCUGAGUUCAGGUUCAUAUGACGGGCUCAUACGGAUCUUUGAUGCAGAGACGGGCCAUUGUUUGAAGACAUUGACCUAUGACAAGGAUUGGAAAAGAGAAAAUGGUGUGGUACCCAUCUCCCAAGUUAAGUUUUCUGAGAAUGCAAGAUAUCUCCUGGUGAAAUCGCUGGACGGUGUAGUGAAAAUAUGGGAUUGCAUCGGGGGUUGUGUAGUUCGUACUUUCCAGGUUCAGCCUCUUGAAAAGGGCGUACUGCAUCAUUCCUGCGGUAUGGACUUCUUAAAUCCUGAAGAUGGAUCCACUCCUUUGGUGAUCAGCGGUUAUGAAAAUGGCGAUAUAUAUUGUUGGAAUUCUGAUACAAAAAGCCUCUUACAGUUGCUCGAUGGUUCUUUAUAUCACCACAGCAGCCCUGUAAUGAGCAUACAUUGCUUCGGUAAUAUAAUGUGUUCCCUUGCAUUGAAUGGAGAUUGCUGUUUAUGGAGAUGGGUUUAA